AUGUCAAGGUCAACUAGAAGACAUGAUCAGUCAACUACUGUAUCUGAAAAGAGCAAAUUGGAUGUUUCCCAAGGUUACGUUAAGUUCCUUACGUUUAAUACUUGGGGUUUAAAGCACGUUUCAAAAUUUCGGCAAGAAAGAUUAUGUGCUAUAGCUGAUAAGUUAGCUGGUUACGAUAACUUUUUACAGCUUGUUGAUUAUAGGGAUGUUUCUGAUAAUAACUAUCAGUUGGACGAAGAUCCUGAUGAUUAUGAUGUGGUGGCCUUACAGGAAGUUUGGUGUAAAAGCGAUUGGGAUUACAUUGUGGACAGGUGCAAAGGACGAUACCCUUACCAUCGUUGGUUUUUGUCAGGUAUGGUGGCUGGUCCGGGCUUGGCUAUACUUUCUAAGAUACCUAUUGAGUCUACAUUCCUUUACAGGUUUCCUAUCAAUGGUCGGCCCAGUGCAUUUUUCAGAGGUGACUGGUAUGUGGGUAAGUCGGUAUCGAUUACAUUGUUGAAGCAGACGUCUCCAAACACUCCCCAACUCUGUAUUAUGAACAGCCACAUGCAUGCUCCGUACGCUCUAGAAGGGGAUGCUGCCUACGAUUGCCACCGUACUUGCCAAGCAUGGGAUUUCAGUCGUCUUGCUAACCUAUAUCGGAAGAGUGGGUACGCUGUAGUGAUCGUUGGGGAUUUGAAUUGCAGACCUGCGUCUUUGCCGUUCAAGCUAUUGACAAAGGAGGCUGAUCUUGAGGAUUCCUGGGAGCAGCUUAACGGUAAACAGGAUUUACAGUACAUCGCCCGAUUGUUACCCAUGGACCAAAUUAAGUAUGGAGGAGUAACUUGCGACUCCACCCUAAAUACCUGGCGUGCAGACCGCGGUCCACAGGAGGCGUGCAGGCUGGACCACGCGUUAAUUGACCCCCAAAGGCUACAAGCGGUAAAAGCGAGCGUUAAAUUCACAGAGAGAAUCCCAAACGUAGGCAGCUUUUCAGACCAUUUCGGCUACAGCUGCACCCUCAAACUUCUACCCACCGCUGGAACCACCUUUAAAUCAAAGCAACUUUCGCGCGAAGAGUUGAUUUUAAGGAUUUCACUACAUGAAGAAAUCCUUCAGCUAAUAUAUACCUACAUGUCCACCUCGAGAUGGCAGCAGCUCUGGAGGGCAGGCCAUUUCUGGCUAUCAGUAGUGUUCAUCGCUGUCAUCCCCAUCUUCAUCUUCAUCACCACCCGGAUCGUGAACUGGUUAUCUAUCUUCUGGGUCUUUAUCAGCGUCAUAAUCACAGCCACAGGUUUGUUAGAUGGCUUGAUCAGCUAUUUGUUCGGUAACAGUGAACUUCGCGCCCUAGAAGAGGUUGGCCAGGAAGUGCGCGACUCGAAAAGGUCUAUCCAGGCGUCCCUCGAUACCAGCGUAUCUUGA